AUGUCCGACGCCGUGACGCUCUACACAUACUUCCGCUCCUCUUGCGCAGCGCGCCUCCGCAUCGCGCUGUACCUCAAGGAUAUCCCGUUCAAUCCCAUCGUCGUCAACCUUCUGCGCGAUGAGCAAUCCUCGCCCGCCCACCGCGCCAUCAACCCCUCUGGCACCGUCCCAGCCCUCGUCAUCCAGCGCGACACGGGCGCUCCAGUGACAAUCACCCAGUCCCUCGCAGCCCUCGAGUACCUCGACGAGGCCUUUCCAAACAAAGGACCGCGCCUGCUCCCGUCUGAUCCCGAGACCCGCGCGCUCGUGCGCACCCUGGCAAACAUCAUCGGCUGCGACAUCCAGCCCGUCACGAACCUGCGCAUCCUCAAGCGCGUGGCUUCGCUGGGCAUGGACCGAGCGGCCUGGUCCAAGGACCUCAUUGAGGAUGGCUUGCACGCGUACGAGACUAUCGUCGCUGGUUCUGCGGGCCAGUUCAGCGUCGGCGACCAGAUCACCCUUGCGGAUAUUUGUCUCAUUCCUGCGGUGUGGGGUGCUGAGCGGGUCGGCGUCGACAUGACUGCGUUCCCGGUGACUAAUGGAAUCGUGCAGAAUAUGGAGAGGGAAGAGGCGGUGCAGAAGGGCCAUUGGCAGACACAACCUGAUACUCCGGACGAGCUUCGGGCGAAGCACGAGUAG